AUUCCAAAUUAAAACUCACACUUUCAAACUGUGUUUUCUUGUGAUCAACUCCACUACGACGUGCUCACACACCCACACAGCUAAGAAUCGGAAUCCACUUCCCCACCACCGCCACCGCCACCGCCACCGCCCACCAAUUCUCCUUCAACCACACACAUACAGAGGAGAAAAAAAAUAAAAAUCAAAGAAUCGAAGAAUCCCGUUUCUUAAAGCGAAGAUCAGGGCAAUGCACCACCACCAACCACCCUCCGCCGCCGCCACCACCACCACCACCUCCGCCGCUAUUCCCUCCCUGUGGGUCCUACUGGGCACCACCCUCUUCUCCCUCCUCCUCGUCCUCUCCCUCACCACCGCCCCCUCUCAACCACCGCCCCCAUCUCAACCCCACCCCUCCCUCUUCCCCCACCACCACCGCCUCCUCUUCCACGACAACCAAAACACCCCCGGAGACUCCUCCCCCCCACCCCGCCCCCCUUCCCUAGCCUACCUCAUUUCCGGAUCCGCCAACGAUUCGGGUCGGAUCCUCCGCCUCCUCCACUCCGUCUACCACCCCAGAAACCAGUACCUCCUCCACCUCGACCGCUCCACCACCCAAUCCCACCGUGACGAAUUGGCCGUCACCGUCCAAUCAGUCCCCCUCUUCAGCGCCGCCCAGAAUGUCCACGUCAUCGGCAAGGCCGACUUCGUCUUCUCCAACGGUCCGUCUGCCCUCUCAUCCACACUUCACGGCGCCUCUGUUUUGCUCCGCCUAUCGCCUAAUUGGGAUUGGUUCAUUAAUCUCUCCGCUGCCGAUUACCCCCUUCUCACUCAAGAUGAUCUUUUGCACAUUCUGUCUUAUCUGCCUAAGGAUCUUAAUUUUGUGAAUCAUACAAGCUAUAUUGGUUGGAGAGAAUCAAGAAAAUUGAAGCCGAUAAUAGUUGAUCCAGCACUCUUCCUUGCAGAGAACACCGAUAUGUUUUUUGCCACUCAAAAACGACCACUCCCCGAUGCUUACCGUUUAUUCACAGGCUCCUCAUCAGCUAUAUUGAGCCGCAAGUUUAUCGAGUUUUGCAUACUAGGUACAGACAACCUACCUAGGACUCUGCUAAUGUACCUCUCCAACACACCUUCAUCCACUUCCGUUUACUUCCCAACCGUUUUAUGCAACUCCCGUAAAUUCAACCGCACCACAAUCAACCACUCCUUGCACUACUCCGCUUCUCUCGACUCGAGAAAUAAGCGGGGCCCACACUUUCUGAACUCCUCCCACUUCGAUGACCUCAUCCAAAGCGGAGCAGCCUUUGCUUCCCCGUUUCAACCCAACGACCCCGUUCUUGACCGAAUUGACCAAGAGGUCCUUCGCCGGAAUCCCACCGGAGCUGUUCCCGGCGGGUGGUGCUUGGGUGAUUCCGGCGAGGACAUAUGCUCCGUUUGGGGUGAUGCUGAAGUUCUGAAGCCGGGCGAGGGAGCUAAGAGGCUUGAGAGACGUCUUGUUCAGAUUUUGUCGAACGAAACGGGUUCUUGUUUGGAUGAAUAAUUCGAGUUCUCGACAUUCUUGAUUUUGUUUUUUAUUUUCAAUUUAAAUUAGUUGCAGCUAUAGCCCAUUCUUUUGGAGGGAUUAAUUCUCUUCUUGUUGUAUUUUAAAAAGUUUUGUAAGUAGAAUUGAAUUAAGAUACAAAAAUACUGAUAAAUUUUAACACUUUAUUUAAUAAUGUAAAAAAAUAUGUGACGUGGCAAAGUUGUUGAUACAAAA